UCAUCCGCAGGCGGCACGGUGGGGAUCGAUACGGCAGUGAAAUGUUCAAAGUGGGAUAUUUUUGGAAGACCUCAGCAGGCUCCGGAGGAGAGACACCGUCACCGAGCUGACUGGCUCGACGAGAGACGAGUACACAACCCGGUAAUAGUCAAGGGACUCGAGACACAACUGAAGCCACACAGCUUUUUUCAUCAAAGAUAUCCUGAGAGGUAGUCCCAUGGAAUCUCAACUGCUGGAGGACAGCUUUACCUCUGAACCACAGGCAUAGCCAGAAAUGUUCACCUUUUCUGGUCUCAUAUCCCUGAAUAAUCGCUGCUAUGGCUUUUUGUAAUGAAAGCUUCAUGGAGGAGUGUAACUGCAUGGACCCGAACAGCGUAGAGGAAAUGUCAGAAAGCCUCCCAUCAGAAGCUACGACUCCUCUCAUAUCAGUCACUCUCCGUGUGACCCUGGCAGCCAUAAUGAUCUUUAUGAUUACUAUCGGUUUCCUCGGCAAUGCGAUCGUGUGUCUGAUUGUUUACCAGAAACCUGCCAUGCGUUCUGCUAUCAAUCUCCUGCUUGCCACUCUGGCCUUUUCAGACAUCAUGCUCUCUCUGCUCUGCAUGCCCUUCACUGCAGUCACCGUGGCCACUGCAGACUGGAGCUUUGGGAGCGGUUUCUGCCGCGCCUCCAUCAUGCUGUACUGGCUGUUCGUCCUGGAGGGGGUGUCCAUCCUCCUCAUUAUCAGUGUGGACCGUUUCCUGAUCAUUGUGCAGCGGCAGGACAAACUGACCCCGCACAGAGCUAAACUGUUGAUCGCAGGUUCUUGGGUGCUGAGCCUGUGUGUGUCCCUGCCGUCAGUGGUUGGGUGGAGGGCGGGCGCGGCAGGUAUCGGGGGCGCCUGGGCACCGCAGUGCGUGCUGGGAUACAGCGAGUCCCUGGCAGACCGUGGAUACACAGUCCUGUUGGCUGUAGCGGUUUUCUUUGUGCCAUUUACUGUCAUGCUGUACUCUUACAUGUGCAUCCUCAACACAGUGCGCCGCAACACCCUGCGCAUCCACAACCACACCACCGAGCAUUCCUGUCUGCCAGCCCUAAACCAAGUCAGCAAAAUGAGACUUACCGGGCUGCAGCGGCCGCCUCAGGUCAAGGUGGACAUGAGCUUCAAAACCCGAGCCUUCACCACCAUCCUCAUCCUCUUUGUUGGUUUCUCAGUGUGCUGGCUCCCUCACACCAUCGUCAGCCUGCUGGCCGUGUUCAGCCGGCAGUUCUACUACAGCUCAGUCUUCUACCCCAUCAGCAUAGGCGCUCUGUGGCUCAGCUACCUGAAGACGGUCUUCAACCCCGUCAUCUACUGCUGGAGGAUCAGGAAGUUCAGGGAGGCCUGUCAGGAGUUCAUUCCGAAAAGCUGCAGACUGUGUCCCAGAGUGCCGGGCAGGAGCCACAGAAGAGUGAGGCCCAGCAAUAUCUAUGUUUGCAGUGAGACGCAGUCAGCUGUGUGACACAGAGAGGAAACCCAAUGCAGUCUAAUGUUUUUAACUUUUUGAUAAGCAAUGGGAUGUUACUGAAGUUCCCUUUAAAGUAAUAAAGUUCUUGUGAACAAAAAAAUGUUACCACGAGAACAAAUUGGUUUUAACUUUAUUGAAACUGGAGCAUUUACAGUCCCAUGACUCCCUCCUUUUGGGGAAGGUCAUGUGAAAAUCACAAUUGCUGACAACUGAACUGAUCUGGUGGUGACAAUCAUUUGUCUGCUGUUUUAAUAAAUAAAGUCAAAGUGUUCACUCAGCUUCAUGGUCACGCAAGCUUCUGAAACAUACUGACAUUCAAAAAAACAUUUUUAUAUCUUCCAUUUUUGCUUUAUUUUUCUGUUUCCUGUGCUGUCCCUGAGCUGUCAUUUUGUUGUUUCAUUAGUCUGAAGCUGUACCGUUGAUAAUAAUUAUGUUGUCAGUUAUGUGCUAAGAUUCAGAAAAACAAAAACAAAUUACAGUAUUGAUGUUUGGUGAUGUUCUCAGAUGAAAGUCAGACCACUGUUAAAAAGUGUUUGAUGAAAUCUGUGUAGAAACACAGCCCUCUGUCAGCUGGUUCAUGAGUCUUAAUGUUUCUGUUAUAGAGGAAUGAGUGUUAACUGCA